AUGGCUCAAGGAGAAGAAUUGUUCUUGAUUGAAAAAAGUCCUGAAAUGACUGUCGUAGAGAAUGGUACCGAUGAUUUCCAAGCUUCGUCGAAGACAAAAGGGUCAUUUCACCGAGUAGCAAUGUUGCGGCAGAGGCGCUUAAACACUGGAACAAAUAAAGUGUUCGGCGAAGUGUAUAAUUCACGUGGAAAGUUGAACGAUCUUUAUCGUCGGAAAGCUGUGAAUUCUCUGCAUAUUACGGAAUCAGUGCCCGAACAUAUUACACAACUUGACUUUUUAUCACUGAUACCUAACGAACUUCGAAGUGAUCAACGAAUUGUCAAUGAUUUGGUAAAGCGUUUGUCGGAAGCGGCUCGACAUCGACAGCGAAUUGCUCGAGCUAAUUUUAUUUAUCGUCAUGAAGCACAACGUUUGUUAGAAAUCUUCAAUGAAUCCAUUCAUCGCGAGGAGCAGUGUUUGAAGCUCGCUAAACUGAUCAGUGAUGUUCGCAACGAACGUCAAUGGAAGGGAAGUAUGCCAAGUGUGGAGUGGUUUUUGCGACGUAAAAAAGGUGUUGUUUCAUCGAAAAAUCAGGAAGUGGAUAAAAAUGAACAAGAAGCAAGUGGUCCAGCAGCUCCAAAUAAAUUGAAACGUUUAUUGGAAAUGACUAAAGUGUCGAACGAGGAAGAAUUACAAAUGAAAAUACCAAAAAAGGAAUUGGAAUCAGUUGAUGAGUCGAGCAAUUACACAGAAUAUCUAAAGCAGUUGUUUUUGAAUGCGACAUCACAGUAUUCCGACAGUGCUGAAAAACAAAAUUGUGACACGAGAAUUGAAAUGGAUACUACAGCUGCGUGUCCAGCAGUGGAGCCAAUAGUAGAAAGCCCCAAUCGUGUAAGCACAACGAUUAUAAGCACCGAAGAAUUGCACUUCGCUAAUUCCGAAUCUGGCUUGCUGUCUAACACCACUGCAUCGCAAACGUUACCGAAUUCACUUGAUCGAAAUGUCGCAAUUGAGAAGCUAGAAACUUAUUUUAGUCGGAGCACACCAGAUCAAAUACGACAGUAUAUGUGCAGAUUGCGACAAGCUGCUAAUCGACGUCUCGCAGAGCAAGCAGUUGAUUUGAUCUCAGUUUUAAGCAGCGAAGAAUGUUCGCAAUUUUUAAGCGAUAUUGAUCUUGAUUGA